UGCCUGAAAAUAACCAUUUGUGUCCCUCGAGGUACAUGCUCUCGUUUGCAGCCUAGCCCAUAUCGCCUCGCUUUGGUAACGCAAUUCAAGAUGGAGGAGAAAGAUGUAAACAAAAGUGGUUUCUAGCAAAAUGUAAUCUACUUUCUUCUUUCUGGUGACUGCAUUUGGAACAAAUAAUGUCUCAAACGAGACAGGAACAAACGUGGAAUGAGCAAAGUGACAGUUUGAGAAGGAUCCGCGAGCAGUUGGCAGAGGCACAGGAACACCAGCCCAGACGCCACUCUGCAGGAACGUCAAAGAGGAAGGGAUAUGAUCCCAGGCAGACCAGGACACCACCUGCUCUUCUACCAAGACUGGACACUCCUCCUGACCAUGACCAGUACAGACAGAGUCCAGUGUUAAGAGGCAGCAGGUAUGGUGUGGUGCCACCUGUUGGACCCCGCCAAGAGGCAUAUGAGAGGUCUCCUUCUACGGAUAGCUGGGGUGAUGACAGUGAUGGCUACGAGCCCCGCCCCCACGGGUACGAGCCCCACCCCCAGGUGUUCCCUGUACCCUACCAGUACCCUUAUCCUCAGCCAUACCCAUAUCCAUACCCUGCAGUCUACCCCAUACCCUCCAUGGUGUACCCACCACCCCCUCCAGUCCCAUACUACCUCCAGGCAGCUGCUGCAAGACCAAAACACAGAAAAAAGCACAAGUCAAAACAUUCCAAUGCCAAAGCCAACCAAAAAGACCAGGCCACCUAUACAAUAGAGGACAGGGCCACCCAAUACUCGCAUAUAGAAAACCGUCCAUUUUGGAAGGACAAGUUUGAAGAAACUUACAAAUUCCACACAAAACCUACACAGAGUAGAAUGAAUGGAGUGAUAAACUAUAAAGGAAAAGACAGGCAGUCACAUUUAGAUGAAGAUGGCGAUGAGAAUCAAGAUGAGACUGUGCCAAGGUUUAAGUAUAUUUCCACUACAAAACAGAGGAGUGAUGUUUUUGAUGAUUCAAAUUCUGUGAUACAAAGGUAUAAGUAUGACAGGGGGAAAUAUAAAAGUCCAGUCCCAGAUUCAGGACCUGCUUUUUCACAACAGACAUUUGCAGAGUUGAGCCUGACAAGACUAAAUAAGCAUACCCAGGUAGCCCAGUAUUUCAAUGCUCAUAACUCCUUUGCUCAAGUAUUUGUAGAGGAUUUCAUACAGGAGGCUCUGGAGGAUGAGAUUGUCCCAGAUCUUCUGAUAGAAGUGGUGUCAGAGCAGAAACAGACGGUAUCAGUGAAAUCUCGCUUGCUGCCAGGUGGCGCUGUAGAUCUUUACUCCAUGACGGCUGCUCAGCUGCGUGACUUGGACAGAGACACGCUGAUGAAGCUCACUGACAGCUACCUAAUGGAGAGAAUGUCCCAGAAGGAUCUCGGCGAGGACAUCGCCAGUGCCCUGCUCAGUGAGGUGGUCCACGAGGGCAUCCUUCAGGUUGUCAAACUGGCUACGCAGGAAAUGGUCAGCGGAUACCUGGCUAAGAGCGCCGGAAGUGACGUAAUGGCGGAUUUGGUGGAGGAUUACAUCGCUGAGAUAGGCCAUGAGUUGGUUGAAGAGGUCAUCACAGAGGUGCAGUUUGAAGAUGUCCUCGAUGAGUUUAUCGAGGAAGAUGUUGACGAGCUAGCCAAUGAGGUGGCAGUAGAGGUCCUGACGCACUAUGACACCAGGAUACAGAAAAGAGAGCUCAGAGAGGUAGCCAAAUAUGCCAGCCAGAAGUUUAUUGACUCCAUGUGUUUGGAGUACCUGUUGUCUUUGGUGGCCAGACAAGGGCAGUUGUGGACAGAAGAUGACCACGCAGAUAAACUACUGGACAGUUUGAUGUUGAAUGUGCUACUGGAGCAGUUCUUUGGAGUCAGUGGAGAGAGACAGAGAACACUGGAUAACUUACCCCUCAGGAGACUCCACGAGAAGAUAGUGACAGAUGUGGCAUUGGAUGUACUGCUAACACAGCUGUCCCAGGCUUUGGAUGAAGACAUGGCUGACCUGGAUGAGUAUGAGAGAGGCUUGGACUUUGCCAGUGCCCUUAAGCCUUCAAGGUAGCAGUGGAAGACAAAAUAACUGAGAGGAUAAUGCUGUGACCAGGAGUGAUGAAUAUUUAACACACCCAGAUGCCCAGAUCAGUUCCCCUGGGGGUGUUGUGUGAGCCUUGUGGGGUAACUGUCUGUGCUGGAGACCUCCCUCCAUCCCCCAGGGUGAAAUAGUUGUACAGCAUGCCUAUCAGAAAGUGUUUUAACUGAGAUAAUUUCAAAAUGGGUACCAGGAAUUUGUCUCUCUUCUAAACCAUCCAGGUUCUCCCAACAUGCUGAAUGUCUGUAGAAAUCUUAUUUCUGCAGCUGUUAAUUUCAUAUCAUUAUUUUUUAUGUAAAACAUAGAUGUAGAUAUUUAAGGAGUUAGAGGUUUUCUUAACUGACUUUAUACCCUUAAAAGUUCCAUAUGAAUACAGGUAUGUUUUGGAGUUGAACAUUGACAAUGUCUUUCUGUUAAUAAAACAGGUUGAAAUGGCUCAUUAUUUAUGUAAUGAUUCAUUUAAUUGGGCCUACAUCUGUUUUUGUGGGUCAAAGAAAACAAUAACUUUAGCCUAAGAGUUUAGACCAAUUUUUGCGCUGAAGUUUUUUUUUUUUUUUUCGUAAAACAGGUCCCUGUAGAAUCUGUGAUACUGCGAAAUGUGCAAUUUGCAAGGUUUAGCCUCUAAAAUAUUUGAUGUUAGACAAAUGGUUUAUGAUAUGAAUUAAAUU